UGACAUUGUCAUGUAAAGAUAUUGAUUAUGGAAACAGUUCAAACAGCGGAAGCCGAACUUUUGAAAACAUUACCCAAAGCAAAGAAACCAAAACGGAAAAAACCUCUAUGGAUAACUACGACUAUAGCAGGCGCAAGUCUUGGACGGCGAGAGCUUCUAGCGGCAACGUUCAAGGAAGUAAUUUUUCAUAUAAUUUCAAUGGUGUUUCUUAGUACUUAUAUUUUCAGUCAAGUAAACCCCUCAGAAUACUACCUGACUUUAAGUUUGAAAAAUGCCUUUAACGUGGAAAAUGGAUUAAUGGGUGUUGUGUCCGCUGAACAAUUAUGGGAGUAUUUAACUCAAGAUAUGAUGUUUGGAUUUUAUGGUUUUGACUUUGAUGAAACUGGAAACGAAACAGAAGUUAACGAGACUGGUUUAUAUAUAAGCAAAGAAAAUUUGUUGCUAGGAGUACCAAGAAUCAGACAAGUGAAAGUUUCAAAUGAUUCCUGUGAAAUCCACGGAUACUUCAGAAGACUAUUUGAAAGUUGCUACUACCAAUUUGGACAUCAAUCAGAAAAUCGAGAAACUUUCGGAUUGGGAAAACCAAUUGCGUGGACCUACAGUGAACAAAAAAUAACCAAAAGUGUAAGAUAUUGGGGUACUUUAACCUCGUACUCAGGAGGAGGUUUUUAUGCUGAUUUAACCAGCAGCCCAAACACAACUUUAGCCAUAUUGAACGAAUUGAAAGAGAACUUAUGGAUAACUCGGGGAACCAGAGCCAUUUUUGUUGAUUUCAGUAUUUAUAAUGGCAACUUGAAUUUGCAUUGUGUUUGCAAAUUGAUUUUUGAAUUCUUACCAUCAGGAGGUGUAACACCAAAUUACCGCUUCAGCACGGCUACCUUAACACCUGUACGCAAUGUGAAGCAUUACGUUUUGAAAGUGCUUCUUUACAUUUUCUCGGCCUAUGCUGCAUAUUGUUUAUGUGAAGAACUCAGAGAAAUGUUUUAUUUUAAAUGCAAAUAUUUUUUACAGUUUUGGAAUUACAUAGAUUUAUGUGUGAUAUUUUUGACAUUUUUGCUUGUAUUUGGGACUGAAUACAAUUUGGUGAAUAUAAAAUAUUAUGUAGACAACAUCCGUGAUAAUCCCACUGCGUAUGGUAAUUUGGAACAGCCGCACGUUCUAUAUCAAGUGGUUAAUAUAGGUGGAGCAGUUUUGCUAUUUUUCCUUUACAUGAGAACAUUUAAGUAUUUAAAUUUCAAUCGAAGAAUGGCACAGUUGAAUAACACUAUAAGAAAUUGUGCAAAAGACAUCAUGGGAUUUUCUGUUAUGUUCUUUGUAGCUUUUUUUGCCUAUGCUGAACUAGGAUAUUUGGUAUUUGGAAAUGAGGUUGACGAUUUUCGUAGUUUUGGACAAUCCAUGUUCACUUUACUGCGUACCAUUUUGGGGGAUUUCGACUACGACAAAAUACACAACGCCAAUUGGAUUGUGGCACCAAUUUAUUUCCUCACUUACAUUAUGUUGGUGUUUUUUGUUUUAUUGAAUAUGUUCCUUGCUAUAAUCAACGACACAUAUGCUGAUGUGAAAACUGACAUUGCCAUAGCUCCUAAGGAAAUGGAAAUGACUGAGUACAUAGGCUCGCUGUAUACAUUUAUGAAAAGGAAACUUGGUUGUAAAGUGAAAAAAGAUAAAGACACUCAAAGGCCUAUUAGUACAAAUAUAGGCCAAAUUAGAGAUGCUUUAAUUAAAUGCAACUAUGAUGAUCGUGAAAUCGCAAUGUAUUUUACUCGGUACGACAUAGAUCCGUUGAAGGAUUUGAAAAGGGAGGAUAUUGAACGGUUCCAUGAUAUGUUUGGUAAAGAAGAUCUAGCACGUAGGAGACUUGGUGAAAACGUCGUCACUCAAAGCGACUUUCAAAAGCAAGAUGACAAAUUAGUGGAACUAGAAAACAGUCUGGCAACGUUGGGAGAAAAACUGCAAGAACUUAUACAAACGGUGACAGGAAUUAGGGACCAACAAGCUCGGCCUGUACGAUUGUAGUAUUUGAAUUCAACAGUUUUUUUUUCGAUAUGUAUUUAUAAUAAACAAAAGGACUUAUUAUUUAUUUACAAAUAUUUUACACAGCAUAAUACAGAUUUAUAAGUUCAGUCGAUAAUCAAUCAAAAAAAUAAUAAUAAUAAUAAUUAAAAGUAAAAACAAUUUAUAAAUCUGUCUUAACUUUAACAUAAUAUUUUUCAUAAUAUUAAUGAAGUAUUUAUUAUUAAUGAUGGGGUGUACAAGAAAAUAAAUAAGUUUUCUGGAACACCCCAUUUGUAUUGAAUUAGCUACACCUGUGAUGAGCAUUCUAAAAGAUAUCACAAAAAUGUGGCAUUAUUCUAAAAUACCAAGAAAAUUUAAAAAAAGGUGUGUCUAUUUUUAUACACUCUUGGAAUAAGAUAAAAGCUUUUUCUAUGUUCCUUGUAUGAUACCGGGUGUCCAAUAAAGGACACCUCCGAUAUAUACUUUUAAAAAAAAUUUGCUAAAACUCUAAAAUGGACUUUAUCUAGUAUUUAAUAUAAAAAAUAUCCUUUAAAAUUAUUAUGUUUUACCUAAUACAACUUUAUUUACAAAAGUUUUUUUCUUCCUGCCAAUAACAUGUAAAAAGGAACAUAAAGUACAAAAACAAUUAUUACCACUUUCUUUCUUCAUUCUAAUUAAUCUCCUAUCACAGUCCUAAGUAGUACUUAAUUAAUAUUUUUUGCACAUUUAAAAAAGUUUUCAUACAAAUGCAAUGAUAAUAAUAAUUAUAAUUGAUUGAGUGCAUUAUAGUAUUUGAAAAUGCAAAAAGAAAACUGUGUGUGUGUAUUUAUUAUUCUACAGAGUUGCACCUCUCAAGUACAAAUUUUUAAUGAAAUUUGCUACUGGAUGGCAAAUUUAGUCUUGAGCGGAAUGCAUUAUAGAUUAAACUAAAAAAAAAACUUCUUUAAAUUGACAUUUGAGUAAUAUUGCACCAAUAAUAAAAACUUUAAAACAAUUUAUACUUAAUUAUUUAAAAAGUUCAAUAUUAAUUUUACAAUAAUUGUAAUUUAACAUUUUUGUCAUGAACAAUCACAAGAGAAUAUGUAAUAUCAAAUUAAUUUAGCAAAUAUUCCACAAUGUGUUGGAAUUCGACAAUCCAAUCCCUAUUAUUUAACAUCAAUUUUCAUGAGAAAAACAGCAUUUCCAUGAAGUUGAUCCUCAAUUAUUUAUUACCAAAAGACAAAUUAGUCAACAAUUCCCUUUCCAAAGAAUCACACUCAGCCAGAUCUUCACCAUUCGACCGAUAAUAACAGCCAGAAGAAGCCAUAUUACUAUCGAUACUAUCGUAAAAAUCGUUCCUCGUUUCCCAUAGAAAUGUAUUGGCGGUUUGAAAUCGGUGACUUUCCGAAUCGGUGGCGGUUUGCUGGAUCGAGCUUUUUUCCAUCAGAGAAUCUGGAUAGUCGUCGGCUUUAAAUGAAGAGAGAAUCCAUGGAGAUUGAGAUUUUGCGUUUGUUGAUAGUGAAUCUUGAAU